GUCUCAAUGCUUCAAUUCUUUCAUUACAAUUUACAAACAAACCAUGGGUUCUCUCGAAGUAGAAAGAAAAGCGCUCCCAUUUGUGAGAACACUGAAGCAAAACUUGCCAAAUUCCAUAUCUAAAUCUCUUUUAGAAGCGUUGAGGGAUUUCGGGGAAGGAAACACAGAAACCGCCGAUCUCCUUCCCAAGGUCUCCGAGCUCCUACGCGACCACCCUGACUUGCUCGCCGGCUUCAACUACUUCUUGCCGGAGAAUCUCAAACUGCCGCUCCCCACCGCCGCCGACGCCGUCGAAAUUCCGACCACGUCCGAUCCCCAGCCCCAAUUACCGUUGAAGAGACGAAGGGAAGUCCAAAACGACGCCGUCGAAUUCGUGAACAAAAUUCGAAAAUUCUCGAAAGACGAUCAAAUUUACGCCUCGUUUCUCCGAGCGAUUACGGAUUUCGAAGUCCACGGAGACAUCCUCCAAGUGGACAAACAAAUCUCGGAUCUAUUCAAACAAAAUCCGGAUCUGUACAUCAACUUCACCUGGUUCACCGCCGACGACAACUGUCGAAGCCAUCGCGUUCGAGUAUCAGAGUCGGCGAGAAAGCUAACAACAUUGGAAGAAUGUGAAGACCAAUUGUACGAGAGCGACAUGCUUUUCCAUUCCCUGGAAUCAACCAAGAAGGCGACGGAGAAAUUAUUGCAGAAAGAAAACGGGAAUGGAGAUAAUAAUGGUGGGAUAAUCAAUCUCCAAGAUUACUUCUCUGCUAUGAACCUGAGGUGCAUAGAAAGGAUGUACGGUGAAGAUUAUGUUGAUCAAAUUAUGGAACUUCUGCAAACACAUCCCACGGCUGCGGCCACCAUUUUGCUGCGUCGGCUGAAUCAAAAGCUUCAAGAUGCGGGGGAGCUGCGGGAACGGAUUAGAGAGAAGUGCAAUCAAACAAUGAGAAGAGAACACAAUCCACGAUCAACAAUGAGGAGAUAAUACUCAAUUUAGUCAUAAACUAUUUUGAUGCAUAAUUAGGUCAUCCAUUUUGAUAAUUUUACUCAAUUGAGUAUUCUGCUAAGAUAACUUUGUAAUUUCAUAUCUAUCAAUACUCAAUUCAGUCUUUGACUAAA